UUGGAUCUCUCUCCACCCAUUCCUGCUGCCAGUAAUGUGCUAGUUUUUAGGAAGCAGCACACCCAGCUCUAUCCCUUUGAGCGUGUUCUGUACGUUUUCUUCACAGGAUCACCUGAAGCAUCUUCAAACUAUUCAAGGCUGCGGUAAGGUCCUGUCAUGUGGCUCCCCCUGCUGGUGGUGUUAGCUCUUAUUCUCCUGUACAGAUGGUACAGACAGAGUCAGAUCCUAGAAAAUCUCACAGAUAAAUAUGUCUUCAUUACCGGAUGUGACACUGGAUUUGGAAAUGUGCUGGCCAAGCAACUGGACCAACGUGGAAUGAAAGUGCUGGCGUCAUGUCUAACAGAGAAAGGGGCUGAGAACCUGAAGAAAGAGGCAUCAAGUCGACUACAAACAGUAAUUCUAGAUGUUGCAGACAGUCAGAGUGUCAGCUCAGCUGCCAAGUGGAUUGCUAGUAUUGUUGGAAAUCACGGUUUAUGGGGUCUUGUGAACAAUGCUGGCUUUGCAUUCACAGGGCCUAAUGCAUGGCAAACAAGAGCAGAUGUUGAGAAGGUGCUGAACAUAAAUUUAGUUGGACUCUUUGAUGUGACAGUGAACUUGUUGCCUCUCAUCAUAAAGGCAAGGGGGAGAAUUGUCAAUGUCUCCAGCUGUGGUGGAAGACUACCUGUUUUUGGGGGAGGAUACUGUCCAUCCAAAUUUGGCGUUGAAGCUUUAUCUGAUAGUCUCAGAAGGGAGCUUAGAGACUUUGGAGUGAAGGUUUCUAUAAUUGAACCGGGUGCCUUUAAAACAGAAAUGGGGACAGCAGAACCUCACUUGAAGAAUCUAGAGCGUAUGUGGUCAAAUCUUCCUACACAAAUGAAAGAUUAUUUUGGACAACAGUACUAUUAUCAAUGUGCCCAGGGCUUGGCUUCUCUAAUUGGCAUCGGCAGCACUAAACUCAACCUUGUCACAGACUGCAUGGAGCAUGCCCUGACUGCUGUUCACCCAUGGACAAGAUAUUCCGCUGGCCUGGACACCAAACUUUAUUACAUUCCUGUGUCUUACUUACCUACUGUCUUAUCUGAUUAUCUGCUGUGUCGAUCAUUACCCAAACCAGCACAUGUCCUGAUGUAAACAUAUGUAAGAAUAUGCUGAGUAUAUAGUGUGACAUUGAAUGGUAAACUUCAUUAAGUAAUAUCGA